AUGCAAAUCAGAACAUGUGUCCAUCAAUCUGCUGGGGAAUCGUGCCGGGACUUGAAGUUGUUAACAGCAUCCCUCAGCGCUUGCGCAAAGCUGGCACAGUGGCAGAAAGCUCUUCUGGUAUUGCAGGGCCAUCGACUACAAGCCAACGUCAUUACCUUUGCUUCAGCUGUCAACGCUUGUGCCAAAGGUGCUGCUUGGAGAUGGUCGCUACAGUUGCUGAACAAUGCGGCGGACCGAGAGGUUCAGGGCAACGUGAUCAUGCGUAACUCAGCUUUGGCUUCUUGUGCACAGACUGGUGGAUGGCAGCUUGUGCAGCAGCUGCUGAAUGGAGUUCAGCAUGUCACAUUGCAGGCGAACGUGAUCACACAUACUUCAGCCAUCAACUCCUACAAGUCUGACGGACGCUGGCAGCCGGCCUUGUCCGCAUUAUGCGGCAUGCAGCAGCGGGGCAUCCAACCGAAUGCGAUCGCAUACAAUGCGGCAAUUAGCACAAUUGAGACGGGAGACUUCUGGCAAGUGCUUCCUGAUAUCAUUACCUUCAACACCGUGACGAGUGUCCUAGCAUUUGCCCAUGAGUGGCAGCGGGCAGAGCUGUUGCUUACCGCGAAGCUCCGUUUGCUGCAGCUUGAUGUCUUUUCCUUCGCGUCGGCCAUCAGUGCCUGUGAUCGGGAGCAAGUUGAAGCCAAUGUGGUGGCCUACAAUGCGGCCAUCAGCGCAUGCCAGUGCGCAAGCGAUUUUGCACAGGUGAGGACGCUGCUCGAAGAGAUGCAGCACCUGGAGGUGGUGCUGAAAAGCUACACCAUCAGCAUCAAGUCCUUCGGCCGGGUUGUGCAGUGGCAGAGAGCCCUUCUACAACUGGACGAGUUGAAGACGCAACAGGUGCUACUGGACCAAGUCUUGUAUACCUCUGUGAUCAUUGCAUGCGGGAAUGCAGGUAAGUGGCGCUGGGUCCUCAGCCUCUUGAGGAAGCUGCUCGAUGAGCAGAUGAAUGUGGACGUCGUGACCUGCACGGCCGCGAUAACAGCCCUAGGCAGACAGCAGCGCUGGCAGGCGGCGCUGCUCCUUUUUGAGGAGCUGUCUCACUGGCAGGUGAAAGCCAACGUAGUCGCUUACAACGCUGCCAUUCGCUCGGUGAAAGGCUCCAGCAACUGGCCAAUGGCACUCUGGUUCCUCAAAGAACAAGCGGAGUGCAGUUUGAAAGGCGAUAUUGUUGGUAGCGUGUGGCAGCUGGCAGCAUUGUUGCUGCACGCUCUUCCGGAGAAGGCUUUCCAGGCAGAUAUACUCUCUCGCAACACAGUGCUUGCGGCGCAUGUUGAGGAGGCCAAGUGGUUGACGGCACCAGCUACACGGCUGCGAUACGUGUCAGUGAAGGAGGAGUUGGGCUAUGGUUGCGUAACCUGGGGCAAUGUGGCUCAGGUGACCUGGUCACGGCGGCUCUCUGUAGCCAGGAAGAGCUUCGAGCCAUUGUUAGAGCACCUGCAUGACGAAUUCGCCUGUCCCCUUGAAGUGGUUAAUGAUUCCUUCGCCAAGACCAUCAGCAUCCUCCGUUUGCACCGAGCUUGCUCCGAGGUCUUGGACCAGGAUGGCUGGGCGGCCAAAGCGCCGCUCUCGCUGUUCCCUGCUUUGGCGACGAAACUGCAGCGCCUGGCGGGGGCAGUGCAGGUGCCGGUCUUUGCGAUUCAGGGGAUGGCUCCGACGGCAAGCACAGCGCCCUUUUCGGUGCUGCGGUGCCGCAAAGGCUCCGGCGAGCUCUGCAUCAGCAAUAAAUGGACGAUGGAGCGGUCAGGCUGGAGGGCCCGACCAAAACCGAACCAGCCAACCGGAUCAGGGCUCUUCUGGGGUAUGGCCUUCGAGAAAGCAGUACCCCAAUUGCUGGCCGCUGCAGCUACUUGGGGGGUGGAACGGUCUUGCCAGGCCGUGGCGGUCGUGGAGGACUGGGACUCUUGGCUCGAGCGCUGGGUGGAACAAAUUGCAGCAGAGGAGGAUCUGCAGAACAUCCUCGGAUAUCUUGAGCAUUUCCACCCUCAGAGACAGUUCACUCCUGAAAAGCAAGCAUCAAUGCCGAACUUCAUCCCUGGCAAACAGCAGGAAGAAAGCCAGCAAGAAGCCAGUGUGGAAGGGAAGCAGUUCCUCAUGCCUGCGACAGGGCCUGAGUGCGAGGCUGGACUCUUCAAAGCAUUUGUUGCCAACCUCAAGGUGGAGGCUGCACAGGCUGAAGUUGGAGAAGGCCAGAUGCUAGCGUUGUUGGAUCUUGCGGAUCCAGAAGCCUUGACCUUCCUCAGGGAGAGGCAGAAGGAGCCUGAGCUUCUCCACGUGGUGGUGCUGCUUCCCUCUCUAGCAUCCACCCAUGUUGCCUGGCAGCCAGUCGCAGAGCCACUCGCACUGCUUCUGGGCCUGGGGGAGGAGAUCCUACUCGACACCGGACUGGUCCUAGUUCUCAACCUGGGAGCAGAUGAAUCAGGCCUGGAUGUUUCUGAUGCGCUGUCCCUGCUGGAGGCGCUGGCGUCUGCGGACCUCGCGGCUGUUGCCUUUCAGCUGCAGCCCAGGCCGCAGGCACACCUUGCGCUGGUGGCAUUUGAGGUUGAUGCGACGCCCAUUUUGUGCGCAGAGAGCGCUGCUCUUGCAGAGGAGGAGGUACUUGCCUCUUUCACUCUGUGGCCUUGUACUGAAGAGAAGAGGUUGCUUAAGGAAUCAUUUCUGCAAAGCAACUUGCCACCAUGUCUGGCUCGAGCAGGUGCGGCGUACCAGCCUGCUGCACUGUCGACCUCGCGUCCCCGUGUAUGGCACUUGAUGGUGCACGUCCCGGCAGAGGCCAGCAUUUGCCGUCGCGCUGCCGGCGACUUUGGUGGGCGCGCAUUAGGUGCGUUUGCCUGGCGCCGCAUCGCCCAGAAUUCUGAAGAAUUCGCAGCUUCAAGAUCCAGAGUACGCAUCGCAGCACCCGAACGAAUGUAG